CCACCCGGCUUCUGACAGGCGCCCUCCCUCCCCGCGGUGCAUUGUGGGGCCUGACCGACUCCGCUUCCGGACUUUGGGUUUGGCGGAGACCGGAAGCGGCGGAAAGUAAGGCUUUUGCGAGGAGUGGCGCUGAGGGGGCCAAGAUGGCUGGGCACAGAUUGGUGUUAGUGUUGGGAGACCUUCAUAUCCCUCACCGCUGCAACAGUCUGCCAGCUAAAUUCAAGAAACUACUGGUUCCAGGAAAGAUUCAGCACAUUCUCUGCACUGGAAACCUCUGCACAAAGGAGAGUUACGACUAUCUCAAGACCCUGGCUGGUGAUGUUCAUGUGGUUAGAGGGGAUUUUGAUGAGAACUUGAACUACCCUGAACAGAAAGUUGUAACUGUUGGGCAAUUUAAGAUUGGACUGAUCCAUGGCCAUCAAGUGAUUCCAUGGGGAGAUGUGGCGAGUCUGGCACUACUCCAGAGGCAGUUUGAUGUGGACAUCCUGAUCUCGGGGCACACACACAAAUUUGAGGCAUUUGAACAUGAAAACAAGUUCUAUAUCAACCCUGGAUCGGCAACAGGAGCAUACAGUGCUUUGGAAAACAAUAUCAUCUCUUCUUUUGUGCUGAUGGAUAUUCAAGCUUCCACUGUCGUUACUUAUGUUUAUCAGCUAAUUGGUGAUGACGUCAAAGUAGAAAGAAUCGAGUACAAGAAAUCUUAAAGCAAGUCUUUCUACUUGCUGGUCUCCUGGUUCUUUUCCCCAGUAGGCACCCUGAGGUCCACAGUAUUUGUAAUAUUAUUUGCUUAUGAAUUGAUUCGUCUUGCCUUAUUGUAGACAAGCACGUUUAGAGUACAUGGCUUCUUAUAAUGUCUGCCUUGGCUUGAUUCUUUUCCUUGCCUAAAUACUGCUUGUAAAUACUGUUCAAAGUGCACAAGAAAGUUGUGUGUUCACAUGAACCUUUCCUGCUCUUAAAAUAAACACUUGUUUAACUUUG